GGUUCUCCUCUCUCAUCUCUCUCUCUCUCUUAAAAGAAAGCAAAGAAGAAAGGUUGAGUAGACAUUAGGCAAAAAAAAAAAGAGAAAUCUUCGAUCCCCCAAAUUCGAAACUUUGAUCUUAGGGUUUGCUUAUAAUCAUCGAUUAUCCAUCGGUUACUCUCCGAUCGGCUCAUCUCCGUCUCGCCGGCGCCUGAUCGGAUCAUGGUGGUGAUUUUGAAUUUAUCAAGAUUUCGAUUUCAUCUCGGAUUUCUCUGCGGAUCGUGUGAUAAACUUUAGGGUUUUCGUUGUUAAUCGUGAAUAAUCGUGUAUAUAAAAAAAAGACUGGAUUUUUAGGGUUUGGGGAGGAUUAGAUUGUUGUUUGUGUUUGUUGUGUGUGUGUGUUUGAUCUUUGAGUGAGGAAUUAUGUAUAUCGAAGACGUGACUGAGAAGGAAGAGAAAGGGGAGAGAUCGGUGGAGGAGGAGGUUAGUGAUGGAGAUAAGGGGGUGUUGGUGAGGAGCAGUGGAGAGGUGGUUGUGUUGACGACGAAGAUGGCACUUGUUGGUGUUGGUGCUCGUGCCUUGUUUUAUCCUACGCUGAUUUACAACGUUGUUAGGAAUAAGGUUGAGGCUGAGUUUCAUUGGUGGGAUAGGGUGGCUCAGUUUAUAUUACUGGGAGCUGUUCCGUUUCCAUCUGAUGUCCCACGGCUGAAGGAGCUUGGUGUUUGUGGAGUCAUCACUCUGAAUGAGCCUUAUGAAACUUUGGUUCCAUCAUCUCUCUACAAAUCUUACUGCAUUGACCAUCUGGUGAUUGCUACGAGAGAUUAUUGUUAUGCACCUUCCAUGGAAGCGAUAUGUCAAGCUGUUGAUUUUAUCCAUAGAAAUGCUUCUCUUGGGAAGACGACUUAUGUUCACUGCAAGGCGGGUCGUGGCCGCAGCACAACUAUCGUCUUAUGCUACUUGGUGCAACACAAAGACAUGACGCCUGAAGAAGCAUAUGCCUACGUGAGGUCAAUCAGGCCUAGGGUGAAACUAGCUUCCACCCAAUGGAAGGCGGUUCUUGAGUACUACAAUGUCAGGGUGCUGAACACCACACAGAGUUCCUUAACUGAUGCAACCUCAGCUCUGAUCCCAAGUAGUACGAAGCAGGUUUGUUCUGGGAAUGUGGUUGUGUUUGAUGAUGGGUCGGUGGUGGUAGUGACCCACUCGGAUGUAGAAGGCUAUGAUGAUGAUGUCUCAAGGAGGUCAAUGAAUGUUGCUGCUGGGAACGAGUUAUGGGCGGCAGCUGCAGAUCUGAGCAUGGUGUACCGUGUGAAAGUGGUGGGACAAGCUGCCUUAGCGAGGAUCUCUUGCAUGUGGCUGGGCUUGCGCGAGGAUCAAAAGCUCUCUGGGAAAAAUCUUUCCAUGAGAGGUAUAAGCGUCGACAUUUCUGUCUACUGA